AUGAUGACCUUAUGUUUCGUAUCACUCCUUUGUUACACUAUCUUAUUCAAGAAAAAAGAGAGAUCACGCACUGGCUGUGUUCUCCCUCCGAGCCCUCCUUCUCUUCCGAUCAUCGGUCAUCUUCACCUUCUCCUUUCCUCUCUUACGCACAAGUCUCUUCAUAACAUAUCCUCUAAGUUUGGACCUUUUCUCUAUCUCCGCGUCGUCAAUUUGCCUAUAGUCCUUGUAUCUUCUGCGUCAGUAGCUUACGAGAUCUACAAGACGCAAGACGUGAACGUCUCAUCUCGCGUCGCUACUUCCCUUGGAGACUCUCUCUUUUUAGGAUCUUCUGGUUUCAUCACGGCUCCUUAUGGAGAUUACUGGAAGUUCAUGAAAAAGAUGGUUGCCACAAAGCUUCUCCGACCGCAGGCCAUUGAGCAGUCACGAGGCGGCCGUGCAGAGGAGCUACAGGGGUUUUAUGGGAACCUGUUAGACAAGGCGAUGAAGAAGGAGAGCAUUGAGAUCAGUAAAGAAGCGAUGAAGUUUACUAACAAUAUCAUAUGCAGGAUGAGCAUGGGGAGGAGUUGUUCAGAUGAGAACGGUGAGGGAGAGAUAGUCAGAGAGUUGCUUGUCAAGUCAACUGCCUUAACAAAGAAGAUCUUUUUCGCAAACAUGUUUCCAAGAAUCCCACUGUUCAAAAAGGAGAUAAUGGGAGUUUCUAACCAAUUCGACGAGUUGCUGGAGAGGCUUCUUGUGGAACAUGAAGAGAGAGUUGAGGAGUAUGAAAAUAAGGACAUGAUGGAUUUGUUGUUGGAAGCUUUUCGGGACGAACACGCGGAGUAUAAGAUCAGUAGGAAACAGAUCAAGUCUUUGUUCGUGGAGAUUUUCCUUGGAGGCACUGACACCUCGGCGCAAACAGUACAGUGGAUAAUGGCUGAACUCAUUAACAAGCCUAGCAUUAUUGAGAAAAUUAGAGAAGAAAUCGAUUCCGUUGUAGGGAAAACAAGAUUGAUUAAAGAAACNCAUGUUUCCAAGAAUCCCACUGUUCAAAAAGGAGAU